AUGACAUUUGUAUUUGAGGCCCGUCUACUUCCUUUUGAGGGAAAUGUUUUUGCACGGUCUCUUUACACAAGCGAAAGCAGAGUUAACAUAGAUGAGGCAGAGCUGGCAGAUCUCCCAGUGUGGAAGAGAAAACUUCUUCCUUCACUCUUGGAAGUUGUGCAGCAAUGCUAUACCACAGAGGAACAGUCAAACACCGCAUGGAGAGUUGUAUUGCGCAUUCUGGAGGAAAUGCCGGAGUUGCAGAAGGCAUAUGAGCACAUUGUAGAGCAUCGAGAGCGCCAACGCUCAGGAAACAUGACGGCGGAGGAACUUAUGAUGGAAGAACUUCUACGUGAACGUAUGGGAAAUGAUUAUUUGGGCGAUGAGAAGGAUGCGAGUAGGAGGAAGAGGCGUAACGUAUCCAAUAGUGAUAGUGGUAACCACAAUAAUAAUAAUAAUGAUGAUGAUACGAACAGUGAUAAUAGUGAUAAUGAUGAAGACGAGACGGUGGAUAUUGCAAUGUGUUUUGCUGAGGAUGGAGAAGUUUUGGGUAUUGGCUCUGCGGGUCUGUUUGGUGGUCACGGCUAUCACUCCACGAAACGAAAGUAA